CCUGAAUCUUGUUUGGCAGUGCUUUUAGCAAUGCCUUACAAACGUGACUCAGUGUUUGCAAGCGGCUUUGGGAAAACACCAUAACUUCCUUGACGCUGGUGCACAGGCGGACUUUUGCUUUUGCAGCUUCCUAACUGUGGCGAAUCUGCCGCUGCGUCUCGAUGGCUGAACACCUAGGGAAGCAUGUGGAAUCGGCUGUGGGAAGUACGAAGCGGAAGGUUCUAAGGCCCCGACAGUCAUGGCGGCGGCUGCCCCCAAGGCCGGGGGUUCAGCUCCCGAGGCGGCAGGUUCCGCCGAAGCUCCGCUGCAGUACAGCCUUCUUCUGCAGUACCUGGUGGGCGACAAGCGUCAGCCCCGGCUCCUGGAGCCCGGCAGCCUGGGCGGGAUCCCGAGUCCCUCCAAGAGCGAGGAGCAGAAGGUGAUGGAGAGGGCGAUGGAAAGCUGCGCUUUCAAGGCUGUGCUAGCCUGCGUGGGAGGAUUUGUCUUGGGAGGUGCAUUUGGUGUCUUUACUGCUGGCAUUGAUACCAAUGUAGGCUUUGACCCUAAGGACCCUUACCGGACACCAACCGCAAAAGAAGUUCUGAAAGACAUGGGACAAAGAGGAAUGUCCUACGCAAAGAAUUUUGCCAUCGUGGGCGCCAUGUUUUCAUGUACUGAGUGUUUGGUAGAAUCUUACCGGGGGAAGUCAGACUGGAAGAACAGUGUCAUCAGUGGCUGCAUCACUGGCGGAGCCAUUGGUUUCAGAGCCGGGGUAAAGGCCGGGGCUAUAGGUUGUGGAGGCUUUGCCGCUUUCUCUGCUGCCAUCGAUUAUUACCUACGGUGAAAGAAUGGCCUCAAAGGAAGGAAGAUGCCGUCCACCUUCAGAGCUGUUUUUUGGAGCCGUUUCUACACACUUGGCAUUGCUUCAGGAGAGAAGCCAAUUGGUUCCCUCUACAGCUGGUGGUGUGAGGGAACCACCUUGCUGUCCUCUGCCUCCAGCCAUUGGAGCAGCCAUGCUUUCCUGCUUCUGACUUCCAGCCAGGUUUUCCACGGUAGAUGGGCUGUCUCCUUGCAGUAAAAGAUCAGGAGGCAGUGUGUUGACUGUUAAGAACUGAGCUCAGUCCUGACGUCACUCAGCUCUCCAGCUGUGAACAGGGAGGCGGCAGGAUGUUUGAUCAUAGCCAGGAAACUCUUUUGCCUUGCAACUUUGCAAGCAUUCAUCUGAAUACCAGGGCAAGGCAAAGUAAACUUAUACCAUCCAGGCAAGUAUGUUA